AUGGAUGCUUCGACUACUGCGUCUACAUCAACAAGGGAACCAUCCUCUCUCCCAACUACUCCUCCCGAAGACUCGAUUGUGUCACCACCCGCAAGUCCCAUUCCUAGACUUCGCCCCAUCAAACGUACCACUCAACAUGUUUCUUCAAGUUCGAGUGCUCAUGUUCCUUCUGCACUCACUCUACCUCCUGCACGAGCAUUGACUCCUACUGACUAUUUGCUGAAGCUCGCAUCAGUUUCCACUAUGUCCCUUAGCGUAGUGUCCAAAAAGCGCCCAUCUGCGGAGUUUCUGGCUGAUAGCGACAGCCCACUGACUGACGCGGAAUUAGUUGCUCCUCUUCCAGCAAAACGUUAA